AUGGCGUCGACGGAUGAUUUUCGUUUGCUGCAGACAAAUGCCUCUUUUAUCGAUCAUGUGCUGUCGAAACAGCGCUUGCAGUCGCGAAGACCGCGAGGUCGCAAGCUGUCAGAUUCGUCAUCUAAUAUUUUCGUCAUCAUCGCAAACAUCAUCCGUCCGUACGCGUUCAAAACAAAAACAAAUGUCGCUUCGCCGCCGCAAAGACGUCGUCGUGACGACCCCGCCUCGCGCGUCGUCGAAGAAUAUCAAUGUCCCUACUCACCCAAGGUGCGCAAUCAGGUGAAGAAUAUUGACACUCUGACACUGUGA